AGCUGUAACAUCAGGGUUCAUGAUUUUGUCCUUUCACCUUUCUGUUUUUUAUGAGUUACUGAAAAUUAACCAUUUUUACUUUUUUAUUUUAGAGUUGAUUGAAGAAAACGGGGAUUGAAGAGUUGAGUGAAGUUGAGGAGAAAAUCAUAUUCACAUGAGAGUUAAUACUGGAGAGAAUCCGUUUACUUGUGAUCAGUGUGGAAAGAGUUUCUUAGACUCAGCAAACUUUAAGGAUCACAUGAACAUCCACACUGGAGAGAAGCUGCAUGCAUGUGAUCAAAGCAGCAAAAUGUUUUUGUGGUCUUCAGACCUGAAGAAACACAUGAGAGUUCAUACAAAGGGGAAACCACACUCAUGUUAUUUGUGUGGAAAGAGUUUUUCAUGUCUGCAAAAUUUGAAAGAACAUCAGAAAAUACAUUCUGGUGUGAGAGACUACAUGUGCUUUGACUGUGAGAAGACUUUUAUUUCAGUGAACUGUUUAAAACAGCACCAGAGGAUUCAUACUGGAGAGAAACCAUACAAGUGUACACACUGUGACAAGAGAUUCAAUCAAUCAGGACACCUGAAAACACACCAGAGGAUUCAUACUGGAGAGAAACCUUAUAAGUGUUCACAAUGUGACAAGAAAUUCAGACACUCUGGACAUCUGAAAACACAUGAGAGGAUCCACACUGGAGAGAAACCUUAUAAAUGUUCACAAUGUGACAAGAGAUUUAGUCACUCGGGACAUCUGAAAACACAUGAGAGGAUUCACACUGGAGAGAAACCUUAUAAGUGCACACACUGUGACAAGAGAUUUAGUCAGACUGGAGACCUGAAAACACACGAGAUGAUCCACACUGGAGAGAAACCGUACACAUGUGAUCAGUGCGGGAAAAGUUUCACACAAAAAGGAAACCUUAUGGAGCAUAUGAAAAUUCAUACUGGAGAGAAGUCAUUCACUUGUGAUCAAUGUGGAAAGAGUUUCACAAAAUCAUCAAGCCUUAAGGAUCACAUGAACAUCCACACCGAAGAGAAGCUGUACACAUGCAAACAAUGUGGCAAAAUGUUUUUGAGGGCUUCUAACCUGAAUAAACACUUGAAAGUUCAUACAAAGGAAAAACCACAUUCAUGUUAUUUGUGUGGAAAGUUAUUUUCACGUCUACAAAAUUUGAAAAAACAUCAGAAAAUACACACCGCUGUGAGAGAGUACAUGUGCUUUGAGUGUGAGAAGACUUUUAUUUCAGCGAAUUGUUUAAAACUGCAUGAGAGGAUUCACUCUGGAGAGAAACCUUACAAGUGUUCACACUGUGACAAGAGAUUCAGUCAGUCAACACAUCUGAAAAAACAUGAGAGGAUCCACACUGGAGAAAAACCUUACAAGUGUUCACACUGUGACAAGAGAUUCAGUCGGUCAGGAAUCCUGAAAACACAUGAGAGGAUCCACACUGGAGAGAGACCUUAUAAGUGUUCACACUGUGACAAGAGAUUCAGUGAUUCAGGACACCUGAAAAGACACGAGACGAUUCACACUGGAGUGAAACCAUAUCACUGCACUGCAUGUGGGAAGCGUUUCAAACAUUCAUCUGCUUUACACAGUCAUACAAAAAACUAUCACAGUAAGUAGAUCAUCUCUAGUAGGGCUGUGCAAUUAAUCACAUUCGAUUGUCAUGUGCAUCUCAUCAGUAAAGCCGGUCCC